GACGUCUAAAUCAUACUCAUAAACAGACUGAAUUCUUAGGCUUCGACAAGUAUCCAACCUUUAAUUACAUCGUAUCCUUUUGUUCCAUAAAUGUAUCAGUAGCCUCCACCAAAAUAUCCAAUAUACCCAGAAUAAUAUUUAACCUAUCACUAAACAUAUCCAUGACACUCUAAAGAAUAUCCAUACCCAAAAACCAAAAAAAAUAUCAACCACUUUCAACACGUCCAUAUUAAUAUCCAACAUGCACAGGUAAAUAUCUUAGAUGCUUUUACAAUGUAUCCAUGACAACAGCAAAUAAUAUCCACACCCAAAAACCCAAUGAAACAGGAGGUUACACCCAAAAUAAUAUCAACACCAUUAAAUAACAUUCAAUGUACACAACAAAACUCAACAACACAAACAUAUAUAUAAUAGAAUCCACCUUCACUCUCUUCUUCUUCUUCUACAAUGAAGUCACCAACACCAUCUAAGUCUUCAUCAACAAAUUCAUCUAUUGUAGGAUCGAGUUCUUCUUCUUCUACAAUGAAGGCAGCCACACCGUCCAACUCGCCGUCGUCGUCGAAAAUCAUCCUUUGUCCAGAUGAUCUGCUCGCCGGAAGGAGAGGGUCGCCGGAAGGAUCUGCUCGCCGGAAGGAGAGGCUGCCGGAAGGAGAGGAUCGCCGGCAAGAAGAGAGGGGACGGCAAGGUUGAGCGGCGGCGAGUAAAGGAAAAAAGGAGAGAGAGAGAGAGGAAAAAGUGGAAGUGGUGGUUGAGAUGAUCAUAAAUGCUCUCCUUCCCCUUUUGUUCAACAAAUAUCCAACCUUCCUCCUUUUUGUUCAGCAAAAUCCCGCCCAAAAUUGCCUUCACCAAAGAAAAAUGGGCCGAAAAUUAAUUUGAUGUGCCUUCGGCCCAUGGGCCCUCGGCGGGCGGCCCUUACUAGGCUGCAAGCCCACCCCGAAUUAUAUCACUCUUCUCCCACUUUCCCGCCCAUAUUUUGGCCACCCCAAAAAACUGCCCACCUCCCGCCCAGGUUUUCAGGCCGCCCAAAAACCGCCCACUUACUCCGCCCAUAAUUUCGGCUCGCCCAAAAAAGCCCCAAGCCCUCUCUCCUCUCGGCUCAUGUGUCAGUGAGUAUCUACUCACACUUUGGCCUGUGAGCAGUUUAACUUUUUUCCGGCCACGGAGGAGAAAUGAUCAAGACUAGGCAACGCCGUUUCGGCUGAGGUGGUUGGCCUUGCGUAUGGGCCAGGCCUGGAAUAAGAGCUAACCAUUAACUCAUUCGACUCCAUGAACAGAAUUAAGAAAGGCUUCGGCCCAAACAGGAAGCCAGACAAAGUCUCAGCCGUGGAUCGUUAGUGGUGUCAACGAGUGGGAAAUCCCGGCGACUGCCUAGGAACGAAGGGAACGCGGAAGCAGAGAAGCGCCGUCAAUUCCAGGCGGCGAUUUCCUCGAACUACCAGUACUGCUUUCUGCUCCAGCGCGGUGGAGCAGGAAAGGAAAGGGGAAGGCUGGAAAUAAAGAUGAGGCAACAGACGAAGCUGAACGCGAUUCGAUCAGGGCUAGUGGUGAUGGGGGCUUUAGCUUUUGGGUACUUGACAAUGGAGAUCGGCUUCAAACCUUUCCUCCUGAAAGCGCAAGAAGAAGAGCGACAGAAACAACAACAACAAGAAUCUCUCACUCCUCAAGAAAAAUCCCCAACCCACGAGUCGUAUUGAUUUCCAGGUCUGCUUUUGUUGCUUCAAUCGAAAGGUUAUAGAAAAUCUGCAUGGGAUCUAGCAAAGGGAAGCGUGCUUUAUCAACAUUCAUACCUAUGCUCAUUUGGGUCGGUAGAUUAUCGCUUUUUCUGUAUCCAUUUACUGAAGAUUUUGUACCCAGUGUUGGUCGUUCCUGGUUAAUGUUAUCAUAUUUUUAUCUUAUCCCAGCUGGGGAAAUGGGACUGGAAGAAGGUUUUAAAAACAAGAGAUAAAGUUGAGCAGUUUCUUACAUGUUGGAACACUCAGGUAUUCUGGAAAGGUAAAAUCUUGCAUAAAUUCUCUGUGAAAACAGUAUGGAAGGACCUGAGAAUGGUUGCCCCUAAAGUAGCUUGGUAUGCUUUGACAUGGGAGCACUACUGUGUGCUCAGACACAGUUUAGUUAGUUGGCUUGUGAUAAAAGACAGGAUAUAUACAAGGGAUAAGCUGAAGCUGUGUGGGAAAGUCUCUGAUCACAGUUGUGUGCUUUGCAGCAGAGGCCAUGAAUCCAGAAAUCAGUUGUUCUUUAUGUAUGUAUUCCAAGACAGUUUUGCAGAGCUGCUUGCAACUUCUUCAGGUGCAGUACAUGGGGUUCUCUCAGUAUGAUCAGUAUGUGCAGACUGCAGUGGGCGAUUCCGAAGUUUUGGGGUAGAAGGCCGAGGCUAAGAUUGAAAGAUUAAUGUGGAAUGUUAUGGUAAGUUUGAUAUGGAGGGAAAGAUGUAGUAUUUGCCAUGGUGGACAUGCUGUUUCUCAAUAACAUUUAGUCCACAGGAUUAGGAGUACUCUUGAGCUGGUUUGUCUGGGGAAUAGUCAAUUGCAGAGUGACUGUCAUCUUACUGGUAUUGUUUUGUGUUAAAGUCGAAAUUAGUAUGGGCUGUUGCUGGUUAGGUACGUGAGUAGAUAGAGUUCCUCAUUGUUUGAGUUCUUAUACUGUAACACUUCAGAUUGGAUUCUCGAAUUGAGAAUACCAUAGGAGCUUCAAUAAUAGUUUUGAUUAACCAUAAAAAAAAACGAAAUGAGACUAGAAUUUCACCAUUGAUAGACUCUGUAAAUUGGACACGUGAGCUCAAUUCAGAUAAAGAUACAGGUUUUUUUAUGGCUUUCUGAAUCCCAUAAUAAUCACUUGCUUCUCCAGUAUUCUAUUCCCUAGCAUAAAAGGCUCCCUUUCUUUGUUCUUAACUGCAGAACAUAACAUCGGCCAUUGGCUCCCUUUCUUUAUUCUUAACUGAUUGAUCAUCAAGAAAAAAAAAACCAGACCCCUAUCUCUCUCAUCACCGAAAUUCUUCAGCAAGGUUUUGGCCGAAAUCGCAUAACUCGUGAGUAAUUAGCGAUUGACAUAAGCUAGUGCUAAUUGUUUUCAACAUAGAACACACAUCCAUCUCUCUCAAAGUUGAUCAUGAAACAUCUCGCAACACACGUGGACGACCAUGACCAUGACCAAUUGACCAUAAUAUUUCUGGGUAUUUAACGGAAUAAUGGACCGGUGUAUUC